UGCCCACCCCAGCCAGGACAACAGCAUCUGUAGGAUCCCCAAUGGCCCUGUCCUGCUCCUUAUUGGUGGCCCUGUUGGUGCUCAGCUGCCACUCUCUUGGCUCUCUGGGAUGUGACCUGCCUCAGGACCACGGCCUGCUGCACUGGAGGGCCUUGAUGCUCCUGCAACAAAUGAGGAGACUGUCUGCUAGCUCCUGUGACAAAUACACAAAUGACUUUGGCUUCCCCCAGGAGGUGUUUGAUGGCAAGCAGAUGCAGAAGGCUCAAGCCCUCUCUGUCAUCCAUGUGACGAACCAGAAGACCUUCCACCUUUUCUGCACAGAGGCCUCACCUGCUCCCUGGAACACGACCCUCCUGGAGCAAUUAUGCUCGGGACUUUCUGAGCAUCUGGGCCACCUGGCAGCCUGUCCCCUGCAGGAGGCAGGGGUGGGAGAGCUGCCCCUGGUGAAUGGGGACUCCAUCCUGAGGAACUACUUCCAGAGAAUCUCCCUCUAUUUGCAAGAGAAGCAAUACAGCCAUUGUGCCUGGGAGAUGGUCCGAGCAGAGAUCAUGAAACCCUUGUAUGCAUCGACAGUCUUGCAUAAGAGAUUGUGGAGCAGGAAGUGA